CUAUUUCCUAACCCCAUCAAAUAUCUUCCCCGACUCAGACAGAUAUUUCAAGCACACCAAAUUCUGUGGCGUUUAUUAUUAUUGCGCAUACAAUGGAUGAGUUCACGAAGAUAUCCGGGCCCGUUCCAAAGGACUUCGACGCGGAAAAUGCAGACAAUCUUGAAGACAUUGAGAAGCAGUUCGCAGUCAAAGCGGUUCAGCACUUGGAGACGUACUGGGCUAUCUUAGGGAAGGUCAAGGGAUCAUCCCUACGGCUGACAAAGAUGGACGACGAGAUCUAUACCCAUCUAAAAACCGAAUUUCCCGAUUUCGAUCCCGCAGCAACUAUAAAUGAAGACGAGAUGAAGAGCAAGUCAGGCAAGGAACGGUGGCGAAAGUUCUUGAUGGCUUACGACAAGAGAGUCGACGACUACAACUUCGGUACUAUGUUGCGAACGAGCCCCAACGUUGAAUAUGAACAGGACACAACAAUAUUCGUUCCUAGGAUGCAAUUCUAUGCCAUCGAGAUAGCGAGGAAUAAGGCUGGUCUGAACGACUGGGUGUAUGAGAAGGCCAAAGGUAUUGGAAAGCCAUAGAGGGGACCAUUUUUGUUGGCCGUAUAAACAGCAGAACACCUCAGAGUUGUUCCCAUUCCGUGCGAUCCGUAACGACAUGAAUAAAUAGUCGCCACGUCGAGGUUCGAGAGCUUCUACGCACGAUCAAUGGUACGGCGACCAACUUGUGCUGUCGGAGCUAUGCAAAUUCGCAUGGGAAGACUGUAGUAUUGUGCAUUAAGGGUACGCGGAAUUGCGCCACCUGGACCGAAAUACCUAAAUUAGGAUCCUAGGAACGCUUGCAAUGGGUAAAAGCGUAAAUAGACGAUUGGUCUCAAAUACUAGUUGGGUUCCUUAGGUAGACGUAGGUCUUUCUACACUGGAAGAUUUGACGUACCGUACCUACCUAAUUAUCUAGUAACUGUUCCCUUUUUUGUUGCUCUGCUUUACUGCUUUACUUAUCUACUCCUAGUACUAGCGCUGUUUCUUCGUAGCAACAAAGGUCGAACUUGGACAAAGCCAUUCGCGAUCGGGACAGCUAAUUCGAAACUGGCCUACAUAAAAUAAAGCGUAACCAAUACACGAGUUCA